AUGGAUUCAAAGACAAUAGAUCAACCACAAGUUAAAUCUGAUGACACUUCUAAAGUACACAAAUCAAAGACGGAAAGUAAUGUAACUAAUGCCACAACUAUUAUUAAUGACACUCUUAUUGACCAAAUUACAACAAAUGACAAUAUUUUGAAAGCAAUUAUUAGAGCAUUGGUGGCCAUGGGUAACUCAGGCCGUAAACUGACUACAUCAUGUAUAAAAGAAAUGCCUAUUACUGAUCUUAAAAACAAUAAAAUAAACAAUUUAUUCGAAUUUCACAAUCGAAUAUCCCGUAAACCACAGCGAGGGCCCUUGGACGGAAGAUGUGGCGAGUCAGAGUGCGAGUAUUACGCCCAUGGACCCCGUCACCAUAACGCCGGAGGACGUAGUUGA